UUGUAUCCAUGUUUCCUUUCACAUAAAAUAACCAAUUUGAAAUAUGCCUAAUGAGUACUUUUGUUAUUUUGGUUAAGUACACGAAUCCAAGGCGGGCUUAGGACAUGGGGGCAAGGGGGCAUGAGCUUCGGAGCCCAAACAUUUUUUAACAAAAAUGAAUGCCACACUUUCCUCUCUUCUAAGAGCAUCCACGUAUGCAUUUUUGAUGAUUGUGGGGCCGCCUACUUUUUGGUUUUCUCGGCCGAAUGAUUUGUAGUUUGGUCUGAUUAUCCAUGUUUUGGUUUGAUAAAAAUAAGAAAAUAAUAGUUUGGUCUGAUUCUCCGUUCGGUCCGAUAAAAAGGUAAAUCAAGUAAACGCCGCGUUUUGUACUUUCGUCGAUUAGGGGCUUCAUCGUUUUCCUUCUUCCACAGCUGAACUUGCCGUCCCCGUUUCUCUUAAUCUGCAAAGUUUCUCUUCUCAUCUCUUUACCUCCCCUGUCGUUCAAUGUUUUCUUUAAAUUCAACAAUAAUUGUUAUUCACAUUAAACUCUGUAACGAUUCCGACCUCUUCGUUUCUUGUACGUAACAAUCAAAAUGCAUUCCGUCUCUUCAGUUCCCCUCCUUUCUCCUAUAUAUUUCAGAGGCUUCUACCUCUUGACCCAUACACAAAAGAGAAGCUGAAAAAACACGAUGAUUGCAUGGCAAAGAAUCGCUAGAUCCUUCGCAAUGGCACAUUCAUCAACGGCUCCGGCUAUUCUCCUUCUCAACGACAUUCUUCCCGGAGGCGAGCUGAGAAGACCGAAUCUGGAAGGCCUCCUAAUUGGUCUUGAGAUGAUGUUGAUAAAAAGAGGAAGAUAUAUAGAAGCUGGUGCUGCUGAUUCAUAGAUAUUAACGAUCAGCUUCGGCGCUCCAUGCUUAUCUCUCAGCUUGGGAGUUGGAAGCUGCCAUGGAAUUGUUACGUCAUGAGAGCUCCAUUCUUCACCAUUUACACAAGAAAUUCAUGCUGAGGAAGUUUGACCAUCUCCAAGCUUUUGCAACCACAAACUUAGAACUCUCAGAUUUGUUUCGUAUUUUCGUUUGGUUAUUUUUUGUAUAAAUUAUUAUAGAUGAUUUAUUACUGAACAUAAAACAAAUCAGCUAUACUAUCCAAUUUAUUGUUUGGUGAACAACUCCCACAAUGCUUUGAAGAACAUGCUGGAAAAAAAUUGUUUUCCAAAUAUGUGUGACACCGUUAAAUUUCAUCCCACACCACCGCACUUUCACUGUUGCUGGUAUCAGUGACCACAUCAACCCCGAGACUUUCAACACCAAUGAAGCUCCAUUUGUUGGAGGGGAAGCUGCCAAGCAUCGGCUUCUGCCAGCAACGAGGUUUAAGGUCAAGGCGAUGACCCAAAUCCAUCCGGUCUUAAGGGAAAGUAGGGUAGCCGCAAGCACCCCCGUGAGUGAAGUUACAAAACUGUGAAACCGUCAACCCAACUCUGCUUCGGUCUCUUUGCAAUUCUUUAAAUUACUAUGCAUUUCUUAUUUCGGAUUUUGCAAUAUUUUUCAUGUUUCCAAGUUUUUGAAAAAGCCAUUUACGGCUACAUACCUCAUAGGAGAGGAAUAAUUUCUAUAAUUUAAUAGUUAAAAUGUGUUAACGUUAUAUUAUGCAUGCUUGAAACAAAAUGCAGAAGAUGUUAAGGUAAGGUUUUGGACCAUGUAUAGGAAGGAUAUUGACUUGGUGUUGUUUAAAGGAGUCAAAUGUAGUUGAUGGUUAGAUUUUGGUAGUAGUGAUGAGUUGUUUUCCUGCUGUUGCAGAAGAAGAUAAUAAUCUAGAGGGUGAAAUUAUGGAAGAGACAAAAGAAACAAAAACAUUGUGGAAGAAGGCAACAGAGAAAAAGACGGAGCAGUAGAUGUGAAGAAAGAUUGAGGCUUAUGUUAUGCUAAGAUUUUUCUAAUACUAUUUUUGCUUGAAAAUGGUUUGUAAUGAAAUGGUAUGAAGGACAUAGUUUCAGUUUCACUUCUCUUUAUUUGAGAUUUUUACAGAAUUAACUUGCGUCUCACAGGGAACAUUCCAAGGAAAAACAGCAAUAUUCUACAUAGUGUUAUCAAGAAAAUUAAUGAACAUAAAACAAUGCCACUUUUGUGGUCUUCGACAGAAAAAUGCUUAAACUCACAAAAAAUAAAUGCAGCUGCUUUGACUCUAAAUGAGAUGAAUGGUGGUCUCGGCGAGGAAUUCCAACUAUGCCUUGUGGAACUUGCUGGGAAAUAAUUUGUUUUCCAGAUACGUGUGACACAAUAUAAUUUCAAACAAAACCACCGUACCUUCACUGUUUCUGGAACCAGUGACCACAUCAACCACGAGACUUUCAACACCACUGAAGCUCCAUUUGUUGGAGGGGAAACUGGCCAAAUAUCCGAUUCUGCCAGCAACGAGAAUGAAGGUCAAGGAGAUGACCCAAAUCCAUCCAAUGUUAAGGACAACGAGGGUGGCCACAAACGCCACGUGAGUGAAGUUACAAAGCUUUCAAACCGUCAACCCAACUUUGCUUCUGUCACUUUAAUUUUUUUAAAAUUACUUACCAAUUCCUUAUUUGCAAGUUAUUAAAAACCCAUUUACGACUAAGUACCUCAUCAGGGGAGAACUAUUUCUAUGAUUUAAUAGUUUAAAAAAGGUUGACGUUAUAUUUACUAUGGUUGAAACAAAAUGCAUAACAUGUUAUAUACAUGAUAAAAUCAUAACGCAAUCAACAUGAAGGAAUGAGAUAUUCUUUGCCUUGGCGGCCGUUCUCUUCAUAUAUAUUUGCGUUUAAUGAGAUAUACAAACUUAAACAUUCUACACACACAAUUACUCAUUUCCCUCUUUUCCUCACAUUUCAUACUAAACUUUGACUUUCUCACAUACAACAGCCUAUUAUAUUGUUUUUCCAUCUUCAACAAUAGAAGAAACUUAAAGGGUCGACGACCUAUUUCCACACCAUAACUAUCAUAUAGUAACAGAUCCACACAAACUUUCAACCUCGUCAUAAUUAGACACAAUUAAACUUUCUCAACCUAUUUCCACCCAAUUUUAAAGAUCGAAACUCGUUUCCACACAAAAUUAAGAAAUGAUCUAAAAUCCACACAAAACGGUUUACUGUUGGUUAAUUAGGCUUUGAAUAAAACAUUAACCAAUAGUUAACCUAAUUAUACCAAAAUGACCCGAUUAGAAAGGGUUAACCAAUAUAAAGGAUCAGUUAACCCAAAUUUCGAAUUAAACCCUCUAACCCGACCCGGAAACCCUAGAAUUAAAAAAAAAAAAAUCCCAAAUCGUGUAUGUCGUUGUCUCUCUCCCGACGAAAAGAAGCGCCAUUGAAACAGAAGAUUAAGCCACGCCAUCCCUACUCCGGUUGGUUCCAGCCGUCGAAACUGAAGAAACAAGGUGAGUUCUACACCCUUCUUCUUCGUUUGUCUCUUUUGGUUUCGAUUCCAUACAUUAACAAUUGUGUUCAUCAUCUUCUUUUUCCAGAAAUUAAGAAUGGAAUCUUGUGUUGAUGUGCCUGUUGAUUGGCAUGACGUUCCUGAAUUAGAGUCAAAGAGUCCCGAAGUUGAAGUUCCUGAAUUCCGGUCAGAGAGUCCCGAUGUUGAAGCUCCUGAUGUUGACUCUGAUGGUGAAAAUAGAAGAGAGCGCAAUGACUAUGAAAUUGAGAAAGAAGUAAUGACUUGGGUUGAUGAACCUCGAGUGAAGCAUAAUUUCUAUCCAGAGACAGAGGAUGAUAGUGAAGAAGAGGGAGAGGAAAUUCAAAAGACGGUAUAUCAGCGUAAUGAUAUAAAGAGAGGCAAUGGAGAGCUGUAUGUAGGGCAAGUCUUCAUUAGUGGGAUUGCGUUUAAGGAGGCAGUGCUGGACUAUGCUCUGAAAAUGGGUCGGAACAUCAAGCAGAAUCGAUAUGAUAAAACAAAGAUUGGGUUUGUGUGUGAAGGUAAAGGCUGCUCAUGGCGUAUAUACUGCUCAACCUCAGGAAAGUCUCCUAAUAAAUGGCAGGUGAAGAUACUGAAGAAAGAUCAUAGCUGUGUUCCUACUGGCACAUGUGAGAUGCUCAAAGUACCCGCAAUAGCUCGCUUGUUCGUUGAUAAGAUCAGAGAAGAACCUGAGUAUUUUAUGCCGAUGAAGAUUGAGGAGCUGAUUAUGGAGAAAUGGAAGAUCAGAGUAACAAGGCCGCAAUGUCAACAUGCUAGGAAUAAAGCGCUCAGAUGGAUUGAAAGAGAGUAUGAUGAGCAGUUUGGAAGGUUGCGUGAUUACUGCAGUGAGAUAAGGGAAUCGAAUGUGAAUUCUUCUGUUGAGCUUGACUGCGUGCGUAAUGACGAUGAGGUUGAUGUCUUUAACAGAUUUUAUGUCUGCUUUGACAUCAUUAGAAGAAAUUGGAAAGAAACUUGCAGGCCUCUAAUAGGAGUUGAUGGCUGUUUUUUAAAGUCUAGGAUGAAGGGACAGUUGCUGGUGGCUUUGGGACGGGAUGCUGAUAACGCGAUUUACCCAAUCGCAUGGGCUGUGGUACAAGUUGAAAACAAGGUUAACUGGUUGUGGUUUGUGAGGAAGAUCAAGGUUGAUCUAGGAUUAAAUGAAGGAGACGGCUAUUUCAUGGUUUCUGAUCGUCAAAAAGGGUUGAUUGCGGCUGUGAAGACAGAGCUGCCGCUUAUUGAGCAUAGAAUGUGUGUGAGACACAUCUACGGUAACUUGAAAAAAAAAUAUGGGAAGAAACCUGAGAUGAAGCCAAAGAUUUGGAACCUUGCUUGGAGCUACAACGAGGGAGACUAUAGAGCAAAUCUGUUGGACAUAUUUAGCUACGAUCGAGACGUUUAUGAUGAUGUGAUGAAGUCAAAGCCCGAGAAGUGGUGUAGGGCAUUCUACAAGCUCGGACCCUUUUGUGAGGACGUCGAGAACAACUCAACUGAAUCAUUUAACAACUCAAUAGGUAAAGCUCGAGAGAAGCCUUUUGUACCGAUGUUGGAAACAAUUGCUCGAUUAGCAAUGGUUCGAAUAGCAAAAAGGGAUGUCAUUGCCAGCAGCCACGAAGGUCUUUGCACACCAUAUGUGAUUGACAUGCUGGAGACUUUGCAUGAGAAGGCUUCGGCAUGCACGGUGAACCCGUCGACGAACAUGACAUAUUCUUCGACUCUUCAUGGAUGUGCACAUAGAGUGAGCUUGGUAAAUAGAACUUGCAGUUGUAGGAGAUGGGAGAUUACAGGGAUUCCUUGUGAGCACGCAUAUGGAGUGAUGACGACAAGAGGAUUGGAAGCUCAAGACUUUGUGGUUCACUGGUUUAGGACAACUACUUGGAGGCAAACAUAUGCUGAAGGGAUUGUUCCGUUGCGGGGAGCAAAGUUCUGGCCCGUGGGACCAGAACCACCAAUCAUUGAACCUCCGCCACCAGAUCAACCAGGCCGAAAGAAGGAAACCAAAGCAGAUAAAAAGAGAAAAAAAGGAGUGAAUGAAUCACCAGUGAAAAAGAAGGAGAAGUUCUUAAAGCGAAUCAUGCAUUGCGGAAUAUGUGGUGAAGCCAAUCACAACGCCAGAUUCCAUAAAAAGAAUCCAAAAAAGGUGAGUUUCUGAUUUCUCUUGGUGUAUGUCGUUUUGUGUUUAUGGUGUGUGCUGUGUUUGAUUUCUCUUGUUUAUGGUAUGUGUUAUUUCAGCCUUUUUUAAGUGGUGACUCUUCUCAGCCUGAAUCUUCUCAAGGUGUUUCCACUCAAAACACUCAUCCUAAGAAGUUUUGAAGUGAAGAAGGAAUGAAGUGAAGUGAAGAAGUGGAAAUUCUCGGAUUAAUGUGAAGUGAAGAAGUGAAGGAAAUAUUUUUUUUUGUGGUUCUAGGGCCUUGUUUCUUGCUUUUAGGUACUAGGACCUUGUUUCUCGGCAUUGUGGUCUUACUUUUUCCGGGUUCUAGGACCUUGUUUCUCGGCAUUGUGGUCUAUUAUCAUGGUUUUUAAACUCUCUUUUGGUGUGUUCAAACUCUCUUUUGGUGUGUUCAAACUCUCUUUUGUUAGGUUUGAAAUCAAUGUAUGAUAUUUUAAUUGCUUUUAGAUUUUGUUUCUCGAGAUUCUUAUGACAUAAAAAUAACUAGAACAUCUAAAAUAACAUACUUUUGUCUUCCAACAUCUUACAAACACACACUUAACAAAACAAAUUCAUGGUAUCUUUCAUUCUUGGAAACGACAUCCUAAACAAAGCACAUUUAUCAAACUGAAGCUAUAUUAGCUUAGAUACCACAACCAUGCUCAAGCAUCCUAAAACAACAAUCCCCAUCACUUUCUUGAUCUCCCAUUUGGCUUGAGUAAUGGCAUCUUCCAUUCUGUUAAAAACCUCUGUCUCUAACUUCAUUUCAAACUCUGCAAACCUCUUUCUCUCUUCUUCUGCACGCUCAUGAACUAUUGUCUGCUCAAGUCUGCCUAAUUGAAUUUUCAAUGCUUCUGCCUCAUCAACCAACGCCUCAUCAACCCAUUUGUAUGUGUGAUUAUCGUUACUCAGCUACAAACAAAGACAUAAGGUCUGUCACUUUAUACUUUUUGAUUCUAUUAACCCACACAUGAACAAGAACAAUGGCGUUCAUAUAAAGGGUAAACUAACCCUUUUCUCAGCCGCAAAUGCACAUCGAUAGUAUUUCCUGUAAGGAUUUGCUGUAGACUUGGACAUCAACGACACCACCAAUUCCCCACACCAACAUCUCUUUGGCACACCAACGACCCUACCUCUUGCUCGACCGGCAGAGGUUCCACUCGAAUUUCCAGAUUCGUUACUCAUCUUUUCUGGGUUUCUCACUCUGUUUUGUUCUCUAUUUUUUUUUUUGAUUCUAGGGUUCCAAAAGGGAAAAUCGAUGUGGAGAAGACUAAUAGUGGUUCGGGUCGGAUACUAUUCGAUUUUAAGUUGGAUCUUCGUCUGGGUCGCGUCGUACCAAUAUCAACCGAUACCAUCGGGUUUAAUAUCGGUUAACGUUAUAAACUAUCAAAACCAACCUCAAUCUUCGUUUGUGUGGAAACGAGUUUCGAUCUUUAAAAUUGGGUGGAAAUAGGUUGAGAAAGUUUAAUUGUGUCUAAUUAUGACGAGGUUGAAAGUUUGUGUGGAUCUGUUACUAUAUGAUAGUUAUGGUGUGGAAAUAGGUCGUCGACCCAAACUUAAAUUUCAAAACUACAACUACAUAUGUAUUUGUCAACAGGGGCGUACCCACACACAUAGUGGGUGUGGCACGUGCCACAUGCUCAAUAAUAUAAACUUUUGUGUAAUUAUGAACAUGAAGAAAGUAAUAGCUCUCUUGCAUAUUCAUGUCUAAAGAUGCACCACCCAAUUCAAGUUCGAGCCUCCCUUUCUCAUCUUUUUUUCCUUUUUUUUAAAAAAAAACACUUUUAAUCACUUUCACAAACUAUAUUUCCUUUUUACCUUUGUUUUUGUGUUACCUAAACUAUUUUUCUUUUUAUAAUUGUUUUUCUUUUCUUUUUUUUUUGUAUAAGUUUCUUCAAAAUAUAUCAUUUAUGUAAAAUUUACUCAAAUUAUUAUUUUUAUUCAGUUUGCUUUUAACAAUUAGACUAAAAUAAAACACUUUUAAUCACUUUGUCAAGAAAUAUUUUUCCCUUUUACUUUUGUUUUUGUGUUUCCUAAACUAUUUUCCUCUUUUAACUUUGUUUUUAGUCUUUCAAAAUUUUAAACACUUUAAAUCACUUUGUCACAAAAUUUUUUUUUCUUU